CAUAAAGUUAAGGGAAGGAAAGGAAACUAUUAUCUCAAACGAGGAAUUGGAUGAUAAAGUCAAGAACAUAAUUGGAACCAAUAAAAGAAUAGGUCCAAACUCAAUACGGAUUCUUCUUGCCAUGGACAAUACUGAUAUUUCACGCCAACGUGUCAGAGAUGCUUGCCACAGAGUUGAUCCUGUUUGCUGUGCUUUGAGAUCAAUUGAAAGACAAAAUGUUCAUAGGAGGACAUAUAAAGUUGCUGGACCAAAUUCAUUGUGGCAUAUAGAUGGGAACCACAAACUUAUAAGGUGGAAUAUUGUUAUCCAUGGUGGUAUUGAUCAUGUUGAUGGCUACAGUCGCCUUGUUACUUUUUUACAUGCCAGCAAUAAUAACCAGUCAACCACAGUGUAUGAUCUUUUUAUUGAGGCCACUACACAACAUAGAGUUCCUUCCCGUAUCAGAGUGGAUCAUGGCGGUGAAAAUGUAGAUAUAUGCACCUUCAUGGAAGGUUAUCGUGGUACAAAUAGAGGUAGUGCAAUAAAAGGCAAAAGCGCCCAUAACCAAAGAAUUGAAAGAUUAUGGGUUGAUCUUUGGGAGUCUGUAUCUAAUGAAUACUAUGAUUUAUUUUCAUACAUGGAAGAUAUCUACAUGUUAGACAUCACAUGUGCACGCCAAUUGUGGGCAUUCCAAUAUGUUUUUUUACCAAGAAUAAACAAGUCACUUCAAAUGUUUGUAUACCAGCAUAAUCAUCACGGCUUAAGUACAGAGGGAAGCAAAACUCCUUAUCAGUUAUUUAUAAAGGGAGUUUUACAAACAAUAAGUACAAACAAUGUUUCAAUUGCUGACCUGUUGUUACAGGCAGGUAGUAACGACUCUCUAGAACAUAUCACAGAUGACUAUGGAAUAGAGGAUAAUAACUCUGAUCAUGAAGAUAACAGUUUUGAUGAAAUUGAAUUACCACGGAUUCAUAGCCCUUUAGAUGAUGGUGAUAUGCAACAGCUGAGAGACAGGAUAAAUUUAACCGAAGACUAUAAAAAAUUAACUCAUGGUAUUCAGUUAUACAAGGAUGUUUUAUUAUUCAUUGAAUCAUUAAAUUCAGAUCAGAGGGAACCUAUAUCUUCAGUAACUGAUUAAAUAGGUGUAGUUCAAUUUGUUUUUUCAAACUGUGACAUAUAGGGAAAAGAUGCGUUUUUAGACUGAUUUUUAUCAUUCAUACUGAUUUAACUUGAAAACGAGUUCAUGGACCCCUCUUUUUUAAAAUGACAUUUGGUUUCAAUAUGUAUGAAGAUUUUUUGUACCAAUUUUUAUGAAAAAGUCAACAAUAUUUUUUUAUAAAAUUAGAUAAAUAUACAGCUAAAAAUGUUUUUUUCAAUGAUCCUGAAACUU